AUGGCUGCCGAGGGGAAUCGAGCGCGUCAUGCGCAUGCAGGCACCGUUAAUAACUCAUGCGACCCUGAGCAGGAAAUGACGGCAGACUCGCGGAUACUGGUCUUGCAUCGCACAUUCAACCUUUUCCACAACUUUGCCACUACUUUCGCGGCCCUCUACUUCAUCGGUGGUGUCCGCGUCACGUUUUCUACUGGCAUUGCUGCCGGCGGCAACCUCGCCUACUGGUACAGUCACCAGCCCUCGCACAAAAACGUUUCUAACGGGACAAACAGGACAAGCUUCAUAGUUACAUGCGUCUUUACCUUCAUCACCGCAGCUGUAAUUGCGGAAAUAUGCUCCUCUCUCCCCUUGGCCGGCUCCAUCUACCUGUGGGCAGCAGAGGCUGGCGGUCCACGCUUCGGGCGUCUCUUCGGCUUCGUUGUCGCCUGGUGGAGUACCACGGCCUGGACUACUUUCUGUGCAAGCAACACCCAAUCGGCCGUCAACUACAUGCUCUCAGAAAUCGUAGUCUUCGAUCUCGACUUCCCGUCAGAAGCUUCGAGCGUCAAAUUCCGAGCCGUGCAGUGGGUGGCGACCGAAAUACUGCUCGCCUUGGCCGCAAUUUGGAACCUCUUGCCCCGUCAGUCAUUUCACGCCCUGUUCAAGGACCAUGUUUAUAUGCUGACAGCCGCAGCGCGGUACUUCAAGUGGAUCUUUUACCUGUCCACGUCGUCCGUCAUAGUAGACUUUGUAUUGAACAUGGUCUGGCUUCCCAUUGCCACCUCCAAAACAUAUGGCUUCCGUUCUGCACACGACGCAUUCAUGACCACGUAUAAUGGGACAGGGGCUCCAGCAGGGUGGAACUGGUGUCUGUCUUACCUAGCCACUGCUGGUAUUUUGAUCGGCUUCGACGCGUCCGGCCAUGUUGCCGAAGAGACUCGCAAUGCAAGCAUGUCAGCAGCCCGAGGAAUCUUCUGGAGCACAGUCGUCAGCGGAGUCGGCGGCUUCGUGGUUGUCAUUCUGUUCCUAUUCUGCGUGCCGUCGUCGGACGUGUUUUUUAGCUUUGGCGGCGCACAACCGUUUGUGCCAUUGUAUGCGGCGAUUCUCGGUGACGGCGGACACAUCUUCAUGAACAUAAUCUGCAUUGUUGCUCUUUGGUUUAACACCGCCAUUGCCGUCCUCGCUGCAUCACGGCUCGUGUUCGCCGUUGCCCGUGACGGUGUAUUGCCAUUCUCACCUUGGGUAUCCCAAGUGGUCGACGGGCAACCACGAAACGCCGUCAUAGUCGUUUGGGCCGUGGCCUCCAUCAUCACCUGCACCAUACUGCCGUCCUCGGUAGCGUUCACGUCUCUGGUCUCCGCUGCCGGCGUACCGUCUGCCGCGGCGUACGGGCUCAUUUGCAUUGGCCGGCUGUUUCUUACGCCUAACAAUUUCCCCAGGGCUGCUUGGAGUCUGGGGCGCCUUAGCAAACCCUUCCAGGCCAUUGCUAUUCUAUGGAACGGAUGGGUGGUCGCUGUGCUUUACUCGCCGUAUACGUUCCCCGUGUCCGCCGCUACAUUCAACUAUGCGCCAGUCAUCAUGGGUAUCGUCACCAUCUUUGCUUUGCUUUCGUGGUGGUUUAUCCCGGCAGAGCGGUGGCUGCCCAGCGAGCGAAUUCAGCAAACGCUCGAUGCAAAGACGCCAGGCAGCCAGCAGAGUUUGUCAGAGGAUCAUGUGAAUCCAAAAUAG